GUCUCGGAGUCUCUUGCCUUCAACAAACCCGAAAGCAACAACCACACUCACAGACAUCUCCAUCGCGGUCAACAAGAUGUUCUCGAAGGCCUUCUUCUCCUUCUUCGCCCUUGCGGGUACUCUCCUCCUCAACGCCACUGCUGCCGCCCCCUUCAGCGACGGCCGCAACGGUACCAAACUGGCCGCUGCUGGCCAGAUCUGGCUCACCCCCCACGAUCAGUACUCCUCGUCUGUUGGUGUCCUCGGCUGCAAAGUCGACAUCAAUCACAUGGCGUACUGGCCUGAGGCCAUCGGGUGCGACGAUAUCUGUGUCGAGGUCACGGCUUUCGAUCGCACCGUAACUCUCCUCCGCGUCGACAACUCUGUCGGCGCCCACGACAUCAGCUUCAACAACUGGAACUACCUCGAAACCGGCUACCCUGCCACCGUGAAGAACCAGAUCAAGCCCAGCGAGGGCUUCACGGCCUCCUACAAGACCGUGGACCCAAACAACUCCACCUCGAUCAACUACAUCUCCAACUGCGUUCUCAACGCCCCCAACUCGUGGAUCGCUAAGAACUUUGAGCUUUGGAACAUCUACGACAGCCAGUGCAAUCUCGGCUACAACGAGAUUUGCGAGACUCCGGACUUCAAGAACGGAUUCAAUCAGGCCAAGUGCACCCACACUCUUGGCAGCCAGAAUCCGCUAGCCGGACAGGAUGUCUGGAAUAUCCGCUACCCCAGUGGAGAUUUUGUGGAGGUGAAGGGUCCUGGCCAGGCUUAG